AUGGCGAAGCAGUCGAUGGAGGACCUGCAGGCGCUGGCGGUAGAUGGAGGCCUGAAGGAACUGGUGAUCAGGUGGUUCACCGACACGCAGGCGCCUCUCAUCCUGCAGAAUGGAAACUUCCCUGACUGGUUCCAGGGCCUCGCUGCCAGAAAGGAAGCAGAAGAUGUGCUGAGAGAUAAAGCUCUGGGCUGCUUCCUCAUCCGCCUCAGUGAUAAAGCCAUCGGCUACAUCCUGUCCUACAAAGGUCAAGACAGGUGUCGCCAUUUUGUAAUUUCCCAAAAUCCUGAAGGGCAGUUUGUGAUAGCAGGAGACUGUCAGCUGUUUGGCAGUCUGACCCAGCUGAUCGAGUAUUACAAGGUCCGGCCCAUCCAGCCGUUUGGGGAGUUCCUCACCUCCAGCUGCUGCCAGGACGAUGCUGAUGAUCUGUAUGAUGUGGUCAAUGCCAAGAAGACUUCAGGUGUCAGUGUUCAAGCUCUGCGCUCCAUCUGGGACCAAGUCGAACCUGACAAGAAACAAAAGGUUCAGCAGCAUCAGAGUGAAUCUCAUCCAGCACCGGCGCCUUCCCUCCCUCCCAAGUCCAGAAACAGGAAGCUGACGGGAACCGUAUCCGUGGACGCAUCGUCUCUUUCACAGACCCUUCCUCCGGUACCAAAAAGAGGAAUGCCUCUGUGUUUUUCCUUGAGUGGAUCUCUACCAGACACAAUGUCCUAUCCCAGUGAAAUGCCAGCCAACCCAAACAGAGAGCCGAGACACAGAGGAAGGACAACUCCGCCGUGUCCCGCUAACAGAGACUCCUUCCACCCAACAGACUCAAACAAUUCAAGCCAUUUAUACAAAGAAAUGUUGCCGGGUGCUGAUCUGAGCCAGGUGGAGAGCCGGAGCCAGUCCCUGCCGUACCUGGGCAACGACGACGACAAGGAGGAGAAAUACUCCAACAAGUUUAACAGCCUCUCUGUCACAGCGCCCGCCCCGUCAAAGAAGGUCACCUGCCUCACGUACUCCUCACACACUCCAGGUGUGACUCAGAGCAGCUCCGGGUCAGAACCAGAGAACGGCAGCCUGGACCAGCUGAGACCCAACCCUCUGUACCAAUCGUCCGAGGCCGCCGCAGGGGGUCCGGCCCAGCAGGCAGGCAGCAUGUACGCCGAGGUCUCUGAUGGCCCCACGCGGUCCCCCGAUGACACGUACGAGCAGAUCCCCGGAGACGGCGCCGGCCACAGCAACACGUACGAGUCGGUGGAGGACGUGAAGAACAAAAAACCCAAAAGCACCUGGGGGAAAAAUAACAUUAACUGGAAGAAAUUUUUCCCUGAUAACAAGAAGAAAUGAAGGAUGCGACCCUGAAGUUCCUGUAAGAUGGUUCUGGAUCUUCUGCGUCUGUAACUCUGGACCGUUUGGGUUUUAAUGUAACAGCCGUUUCCUCAGUUCUGUUUCAGUUGCUGCAUUUCCACUGAUUGUAUAAUUGCACUAUUUGAUAUUUUAAGUUAAAUUUGCUUUAUGGAAACAUGGCAAUUUAGAAAUUUUUUUUGUUUUUGAUAAAAACUUUUGGCAACAGGGUGAAGUGUUUUUUUUUUUGGCUGCAGCAGCAGAACUUUUUUUGCAUCACAUGAUCAACAGCUGGAUGUUACCACUGAUGGAAACAACAAAGAAGAAGACAGGAAGUAGUUGAAGGAUGAGUUAAUGACUUAACUUAAUCAUGUCUGAUGUUAAUUGUGUUUCUUAAUCAAUGAAAACUCUGCUAUUGUAAAUUGUGUUUAUUUUUUAAAUAAAUAGAAUAUUAAUAACGUUUGCAAAAGGUUUUGUGAUGGAAACAGAUGGUGGCCUGGCUUCCCAUCCAGCUCCUGAUCAGCUGUAACUCAGUCAUAUCUUCCUUUUCUCAUCCUGUAUUUCUGUGUUUUCCUCCUGUAGGUAGUUUAGGAUUCACCCUGGACUUUACUGUUUGGUUUUUCUUAUUUUAAAUUGCAUAUUGUAAAUUGUAAAUUAACUGUAAACCACUGAGUUUCACCUGUCUGCUUCUUGCCUAAAUGCAUUCCCCAACUUUAUGAGAAAAUGUUUCCAUUCUAAGGUAGAGAAGAAAAAAUAAAGGUUUUUUGGUUGAUGAUCUAUAUGAACAUUAAAGAUAAUCAAUCCAGUUGUAGUUAUGAAAUGACUAAAUCAUAAAGGACAACUAUUAGCAACGACCAGAUUUAUUAGUAAAUAUUGGGUAAAUGGGAAUCAGCAACUUUUUUUGUCAUAAAACCAGAUUUAGUGAAGCAGAUUACAUAAAAUAAUGGAUUAAAUGUCAUCCUUCAGUGGGAAGGUUGCUGGUUCAAUCUUUGUUUCAUCGAUUUAUUUUGUAAUUUUCAAAUAUUUGUUUAAAAAUGUAUUUCUAUUUGAUGAUUGCUUGUUAAGUUUUCC